GUUGCAUUGACCCUGUCAGGCAGGCAUGCACUCCCAUCCCGUCUUGCUCCGAUGCCACGAGCUGCGCAUUUCUCGAACACGGAUCCGCGGGCCACUCGCCAGUUGCCGCGGUGUGCCCGAUCCCUGGGAACCCUUGACGCUGCUGCCAUAACUCGUGCGUGUGGUUCCCCAUCGUGGGUGGUCCCGCUGCGGUGCCGGCCCUGGCCCCCGUUUUAUAUCUCAGCCCAUGUGCCGCCAGCAACAUUGAUCGCUUCACCCAACACCUAGCCACACGACUUCCUUUUACUGUUUGCUGUUUCAAUAGAGAUCUCACUUCCAAGUUGCACCGGUCAUUGAGUUCUUCUGGGCAAGACCUUUAACAACAACAGACAGAGGCUACACAUACACAUCACGCGUCGAGGAGAGAACCGCCAUCAUGCUCGCCAUCUCCAACCACGAGCACAACAGCUCGCAAGAGCUCACAAUGACAGUGCUCGGCUGUGGCACAAUGGGCAUCGCCAUCCUCAGCGGUAUCCUUUCCUCCCUCGUCGAGAUGUCGGCUCCGAAACCCCUCCAGACCCCGAGCGGCAGUCACUCGUAUGACGCGGAAGAGACGCCCGCCCGCCUGCCCGGUCGUGUCAUUGCGACAGUUAGGAAGCCCGCCUCCGCCAAGCGCGUCAAGAAAGAGCUCUGGGAGCACUCGUCCGUGCUCAAGGUCGUCAUGAGCACCGAGAACGUCGCCUCCGUCAUGCAGUCUGACGUCGUCCUUCUCGCCUGCCAGCCCGCCGACGUCGAAUCAUUACUUCGCGAGCCCGGCAUGUCCAAGGCGCUCCACGGCAAGCUCCUCCUCAGCGUAUGCGCGGGCGUGACCGUGCCGCAGCUCGAAAAGAUCCUCCACGGCGCGGUCAGCGUCCUCGACCCGGACGUCGACGGGCGGUGCCGCAUCGUGCGCGCCCUGCCCAACACGGCAGCCCACAUCCGCGAGAGCAUGACCGUCGUGGCCACCAGCACGCCGCCGCUGCCGCAGCAGAUCCAGAGCCUGGUGACCUGGAUCUUCCGCCGCAUCGGCGACGUCGUGUACCUGCCCCCACGGGACAUGGACGUCUCGGCGGCGCUGUGCGGGUCCGGCGGCGCCUUCUUCGCGCUCAUGCUCGAGGCCGCCAUCGACGGCGCCGUGUCCAUGGGCCUGCCGCGCUCCGAGGCCCAGCGCAUGGCGGCGCAGGUCAUGCGCGGUACUGCCGGGCUCGUCCAGGCCGGCGAGCACCCGGCGCUGAUCCGCGAGAAGGUCAGCACCCCCGGAGGGUGCACAAUCGGUGGACUGCUGGUCCUCGAGGAGGGCCGGACGCGGGCGACGGUCGCGCAGGCUGUCCGCGAGGCCACGACCAUCGCGAGUCAUCUGGGCGAGGGCGGCGCUGGCGCCGUGAUGGAUCCAGACCAGCAGCAUCAGCUCAUGGCGCAGCAUCUGAGCGGCGCGCCCAUGGCUCCUGGCCUGCAUGCUGUCAGUGGUGGGCACUACACGCCACACCUGCCUACGAGGCUGGCCCGGAAUGGGAGCACCUACUUCUGAGACAGGCCUUGGCGUAGGCUACGGAGUCAGCUACAGAAGUAAGAGGAAUAAGCUGCUAGUAUGCUUAAAUCACCAAUUUGUUUGUGUACAUAAACUCACGGGGGAAAGGAACCGGCUUGUAAACACGGAUGGCUUAGACAUAUAAACAAUAGAAUUUCACAAAGCGUCGCAGGCAGAGUCUCCUCUCCUUGGGCAGCAUCGGUUGGUGUAGAUUGUAUCGCGAGGAGCCUGGCGUGCUUCAUAGUGACCAUGGUCUUGACGACGUGGGCCACUGCAUUCAUUGUUGCCGCCACUGGGUAUUAUAGUUGCACCCUACUUUCUGCUCGUUGCAAAGACUGUGCACGGCCCGCGGCCACAAUACCCCCUUGAACU